UAACUCAUCUUCCAAAUUUAGUCUGCAAUUUUAUAUUUUCUUCUUCGCAAUUAGGGUUCACCAUCCCCAUAAAUGAAGCGAAGUACCUCGAAGAAGAAGAGGCGACAACCUGCGACGAAAACGCCGGCCGUCAACGAUUCGUCAUUUGACGCGUCACGUAAGAUGGAUCGGCGGCGAGAAGGAGAAGAUAAUGAAUCACGAGGAGUGCUUCUUAACUCGUUUAUGGAAGCCUUUGGUUCGAUCUCUCUAGAUGAAGCAACGUUAGCUUAUAAUCAAGCCAACGGAGAUUUGGAAGGAGCGGCUGAGAUUCUAUCCAAUUUGAUCGAUAACGGGAACAACAGUGAAGAUCCUGAUCCGUCGACGAGCUCAGUCUCGAGUGGGUCUUCAUCAUCGGGUUUUUCCGGUUCCGGUUUUGCCGAAACGGGCUGCGUUCAAAAUCUGAAUAACGGGAGGAGACGUAGCAGAGGAGGAAAGCAGCAGAAGCGAGCGGUAGCGGCAACGGGGACUGUUUCGACGGUUUUGGGGAAAGAUUACGUUAGGUCAAGCCCAUGGCGAGACCCGGCUGCAGCAGCACCUGCGAGAUCGGUGUUGGUGAAGGAAGAUGAGGAACAGUUUUUAUGCUCAAUGCUUGGGGACGAGUGUGAACUUAGCAUGGCUGUUGUUAGAGAUGUUUUAUGUCAGUGUGGGUACAAUGUGGAGAAGACUUUGGAUACAUUACUUGAUUUAUCUGGUUCCUCCUUUGAAAAAGCCAAGAAUUUGAAUGACAAUCUUAACAGUAAACAGGAUAGAGAAUUCAUUACUGAAUGUGCAGACAAUUUAGCUGAUAGGACAUCUGACUGCAUGUCUAAUUCAUCAGAAAGCGAACUCCAAGAUAGUAUAUGGUCAAUGGGCUAUAGUUGCAGGAGUUACGCAAAGGUUCUUGCUAGUUCUGAAGAUAUGCCACCAUCUUCCCCAAGGAGUAAUAUGUUGAAUCUCCCUCAAGAGGUGUUGGAUUCUUUAUUUAACAUCCCCAAGCAUUCUGAACAUGAACCACAGACUCUGAGUUGGAGGAAUGUAGUGAAGAAGAUGCAGUCAUUGGGACCAGCUAUUGAUAUUUUUCCAUCGACUGAUGCAGAGACUCAUCAGGAUAUCUAUGUCAAGGGAGACGAGUAUCACAAAUUUAGAAAGAGGGCCAAUGAGCAUUGGGAUUCUAUGAGAUCCUAUCAUCAGAAGGCUGUUACUGCAUAUUCAAAGGGGGAGUUGGGGUAUGCCGCAUAUCUUUCUGACCAGGGAAAGGUACAGACUAAAUUGGCACGGGAAGCAGAUGAAAGGGCAAGCCAGGACAUAUUUAAAGUUAGGAACAAAGCCUUUGAAAAUGUGAUAACCAUUGAUUUGCAUGGGCAACAUGUCAAACAAGCAAUGAGGCUUUUAAAACUACACCUUCUAUUUGGAAUACAUGUUCCUUCGGUUCGAACUCUGAGGGUUAUCACUGGAUGUGGAACACAUGGUAUUGGGGAGUCAAAACUGAAACAGUCGAUCAUUAAGCUUCUCGAGAAGGAAGAUGUUCAGUGGCGCGAAGAAAACCGCGGAACAUUACUAGUCAAGCUUGAUGGAUACAGAGAAUUUAGCUUUUUAGAUGCCAAUAGUGACACCGAGUAGAUUAAUUAUCUAAUACCAGGUUUGCCUCAUCGCCAUCUGUUUGUAUAACUAAGUCAAGGAUGUAUCUAAUGUAACAGAGGUUAAUGUAGUGGUUCAAUAACAGGCAUCAGAUGUUCAUAUGUACAUUACUAGAAGUCCUUGUACUCUUUUCGCCGUAGGUAGAUGGAAGCUUCAUGAAGACGAGGCUUCCAUGUUCCUGUAUGUCGAGUUAAGCGAAAUCGUGUAUCUGCAUCGGUUAUUUGGUAAUGACAGACACAUGACUGUAAAUUCCUCAGUUAUAAACAAAUAUUAUGUU